UUAGGACGCGCUGGCUUUGGUGGGACUGUAGAAGGCUUGUGGCCGUAUAGUUAUGAUUCUUGCGAUGUCGGCACACUUCCCAAUCAAACCUACCCGGGCACAGCAACGCCUUUGGCGGCCGUCCAACACGGUGAUCCCGGUAAUCAGAAUAUGCUGUCCUACCAACCUGGCCAACGGUUAUCUGCAUGCACUUGCCCGGGCGAGUCUCAUCCUGGGCCUAUGCGAGCGGAUGGCAGUUAUGUUGGCCGCUCAGCUCCCGAAAUCGAUAUUUUCGAAGCUAUCGUUGAUAAUGGCGUUGGCCAGGUCUCCUUGUCGUCGCAAUGGGCCCCUUUCAAUGCCAGGUAUCUCUUCACGAACUCGACAGGCGUCGUCACUUUCGACGACCCUAAUAGAACGACGUUGAACGCUUAUCUAGGGGGUGCCUUCCAACAAACCACCAGCGGGUUGUCGGUGACAAACCCGAAUUGUUAUGAGCUCAGUGGAGGAUGUUAUACCGUCUACGGUUUUGAGUAUAAACCUGGCUUUAAUGAUGCCUAUAUUACCUAGAUUAACGAUAAUCAACGGGCUUGGACCAUUUUAGUAGCUGCCAUGGGUCCAGACGCAGCUACAGAGAUCAGUGCACGGCCAGUCCCAACAGAACCAAUGUACAUAAUUGCCAACCUGGGAUUCUCGCAGAAUUUCGGGGAUAUUAAUCUCGAUACGUUGACGUUCCCGGCAACCAUGAGCGUUGAUUGGAUUAGGGUAUAUCAACCCAAGAAUUCUAUCAAUAUUGGAUGCGAUCCUGCCAACCACCCAACUGCGGCCUAUAUUGACACAUAUUAUGGGGCAUAUACGAACCCCAACAUUACCACCUGGGCACAGUUCAAGCAAUCGUGGCCGAAGAACCGCUUGAUGCCGGCCGGCUGCAACUAG